CACCACUACCGGUGGUAAUUUCGUCAUCUCAGAAUAAAAUAGACGUCAGGAUUUAUAUCUCAGUUAAUGUCGACAGCAAGGGCGUACGCAUUGGAAUAAAUUUCAUGGGCUCUUCGCAAGCUGAAACGGAUGCUCCUUCGUAGAGCAAAAUCAGGGAAUAUUAUACUUGCUCUUUAUCUCUCUUCUCUGUCAUGGCGAUCUCCAUUAAAAUCUAUAUAAGAAUGUCCUAAAUCCGAGGUUUCAGGGCGCGCCCCGACAUUAAAAGUGUUUUUUAACAAUGUGAAUCCCAACUUUACUUUUCUCCCUCUGGUUUUACAGGAGUUGGGAACCAGAGACCACAUUCCCAUUCAAGUUUUAGGUUACCGAUUGUUCCACCCUCUAUAAAGGUUCAUUAGUUUCACUUUUUUGGACCUCAACUCCCGAUUUUUCGGCCGUUUUUAUGAUUUUGGUUGGUCCUUCAGGAAUUGGAAACCCUAGAUCAUGUAGUCUAAUAUUGUUUCGAUUGCAGAAAUCUGUUUUGAAAUCACUUAUGCGAAUAGAAAAACUGGUCAUCAUGGCGAGAGAGGGAAGUGUUUCUAUUUUGGACGUGCAGAAUGCUACGAAGAAGAAGGCGGCGGCCCCAAGAAGCUGGAUUUUGCUUGAUUCCACUGGUGAGGGAACAGUUCUUGAUGCCGAUAAAUAUGCCAUUAUGCAUAGGGUUCAGAUUCAUGCCCGAGAUCUUCGUAUUCUCGAUCCUCUUCUAUCUUAUCCUUCCACAAUUCUUGGUCGUGAAAGGGCCAUUGUUCUCAACUUGGAGCACAUCAAGGCGAUAAUCACUUCUGAGGAGGUGUUGCUUCGGGAUCCCACGGAGGAUAAUGUCAUUCCUAUAGUUGAGGAGCUUCGCAGACGUUUGCCUCCAGUGAAUUUCGCACGGCGAGCAGAAGAUGGGAGGGAGCAGUCAAAUGGGCAGAAUGAUGCCGAAGCAGGCAAUGAAGAUGAGUCUCCUUUCGAAUUUCGGGCUCUAGAAGUAGCUUUAGAAGCCAUAUGUAGUUUCCUUGAUGCACGUACAACAGAAUUGGAGACUGCUGCAUAUCCAGCUUUAGAUGAACUGACCUCCAAGAUAAGCAGUCGUAAUCUGGACCGUGUGAGAAAAUUGAAGAGUGCAAUGACAAGGUUAACUGCGCGAGUUCAAAAGGUAAGGGAUGAGCUGGAGCAACUCUUGGAUGAUGAUGAUGAUAUGGCCGACCUUUACUUGUCCAGGAAAUUGGCUGGUGCUUCUUCGCCUGUUAGUGGCUAUGGUGUACCAAAUUGGUACCCCGCCUCUCCCACUAUAGGUUCAAAAAUAUCUAGAGCUAGCAGGGCAAGUGCUGCAACCAUUCAUGGGAAUGAGAAUGAUGUUGAGGAGCUUGAAAUGUUGUUAGAGGCAUAUUUUAUGCAAAUUGAUGGAACAUUAAAUAAAUUGACCACGCUACGUGAAUACAUUGAUGACACUGAGGACUACAUCAAUAUUCAGCUUGACAAUCAUCGAAAUCAGCUGAUUCAGCUGGAACUCUUCCUAAGCUCUGGUACCGUUUGUCUCUCAAUCUAUUCUUUGGUUGCUGGAAUAUUUGGCAUGAACAUUCCAUAUACAUGGAAUACUAACCAUGGAUAUCUGUUUAAAUGGGUGGUUGUUCUGGCUGGGCUUUUUUCUGUUGGACUCUUCGCAUUGAUAGUUACCUAUGCUCGCUACAAGGGCCUUGUCGGUACUUAAAUAUUAAGUUGGGAAAUCUAAUUUGCAGCUUUGAAGUUAUGAUGAACCAUCUAGGUGCUUGAGCUUGAUCAAGUUUUCAUAAUUGAAUUUAGGUCUGGAGUUUGAGCUUGAAGUGAUUGCUUGAAGAUGACAAACAUUUCUGUGCUGCUAGACAACCUGAUCACACAGUGAAAGUGUAUAAUGCCAUUUUGGCAUGCCAAAACACAUGAUGAACACAUAUUAUUUGUUCUUCAUUAUUCUUUUUUAUAUCACUUUAUUCAGAUAAAAGUUGUAAUUUACAUUUUUGAUACAUGUAUCGGCUUUAAGAAAAACUCACCUGCAUUCAUUCUAGUCAGGUUGAUGUAAUUUUUUAUCAAAUUAAUUACAUGUACAAAAGGGCUUCUAUGGUUGGUAAACUUUUGUGAACUGAAAGGGGAUCAUUAGUAUUUAUUAGAAACACAAGGGAUUGUCUUCUUGGUGA